AUGGAGGGUUCCACUCCCUCAAAUUCCUCCUCCCAAGUCGUUCGAAACCAGCGCUCCUUCAUCCAAGAACGCCGCCGCCACCGCUCCCUAAUCCAAUGGCCCUUCCAAUCCAUAGCCACCGAUGCCAGCAGCUUAUUUUCCUUCACCGGUCUUUCCGGCCGACCACCCACGAGAGCGACGAAAGCGACCCGGACGACACGAACGGGGACCGUCUCAUCUGCUGGAGGAGGUGGUGGAGGAGGCGGCGGCGGACCAGAGCGUCCCACUUUUGCCCGCCGAGCAACUUGGGACCCGAGACGGAUACGGGAAGAAGACGUGGAGUCGGUCAACCAGGACCUGAUUCCUGAUUAUGUCAUCAAUUAUCUACGCGGCGAGACACCGGAGAUGGUGGCGAGGAGGAAGAGGAACGGGGGCAAGCUGGGCGAGAGAGCGGUGGAUAUGAUGCAUCAGCAUCGGCCGCAUGAGUCGAGAGCUGGUAUUCUGGAGGAUGUGCUUUCGGAGACGAGCAGCGAGAGGCUAGGGUUUUGGGGAGAGGAUGGAGGUGUGGCGGGCGGGGACGAGGAGAGGAGGUACAUACUUCCCGGGACAGGGUCGCGGUGGAAGAGGUGGAGUGGCGCGGUAACGGGAGGAAGUCGAAGCAGGAGGUGGAAGAGGUGGACAGCAGGGUGGAGGGCAGGCGUUGGAUUGAACGCUUUCUUGGCAGGGCUGAUUUUGCUGGUAGGGAUCAUUUGCUUCGUGAUUCUGGCGGCAUGGAAGGGGAAAGAUGUCUUCGAGGGGAGGAUCGUCAUCUACGACGGCUCAUGCUCGACUAUUUCGGCGAUCGAUUGGGGGGUACAUGCUGCCAUCAACAUUCUUGGGGUUAUCUUGUUGGCGGGGGCAAACUAUACGUUCCAGGUACUGAGCAGUCCUACGAGGGAGGAGGUUACGGCGGCGCAUGAGAGGAAGAAAUGGCUGGAUAUCGGGAUACCGUCGUUUCGAAAUCUGGGGUAUGUUGCAAAGAACAGGAGUCUCUUAGCCGUUUUCAUUCUUCUAACGGCCAUCUCUACGCAAGUAAUUUCUAAUUCCAUAAUCUUUCCGUCCGGCCCCGCCCAAUCAACCCGAACCAUCACCGCCGACACUCCCCAGCCAACAUGUCAACUCAACGUCUAUGGCUCCCUCCUCGGCAUCACCGUCCUCCUCAACCUCAUCAUCAUCCUCUCUCUCACCUCCGUCCUCAUCUUCUUCAAGCGAGGACCAUCCUUCACCCCGCUCGUCACCCUAGGAGACGCCGUCACCUCCUUUCUCAGCGAUCCCGAUCCUAUCACCCGCGGAGCCUGCCUCCUCUCCAAAGACGACGUCAAGCAAGGCAACUGGGCGUCCGGCGCGAGCCAACCAAAACACUGGGUGCCUAAACGCCACUACUGGUUCCAGGCCCCCUCUCUACCACGCUGGAUCAUCACGGGAUUAGCAUGGGCUAUCUGCGCGGGCGCUACAGCUGCUGCGCUGGCAUUUUCUAUCAAGCAUGAUGAUGGAAAUGGUCUCUCGCCAUUUGGGAACAGUCACUUAACUUCCUCCUCCCCAGACUCGUCUCUAGCGAAAAACGAGCCACUUAUUCCCCUGAACCAACAGUUACCUACAGCAGCAACACAAAUAACGAUUCCAGCAUGGGCCGCAAUCAUCAUCUCCUCCCUCCCCCAUCUCCUCCUUUCAGCGCUUUACCUUGCCCUUAACCCGCUCUUGACGACGUACUUUCUCUCGCACGAAUCCUCCCUCUUCUACUCCGGUCACCAGGACCACAGUUCGAAAAAAUUGCAAGCACGACCACUCCGCGUCUCCUCCUCAGCCCUCGACAUCGACCCCGACAGCUCGCAGACGACCUCUCUCUAUUUCACCCUUCCCCGGCCCGUGUCAUGGUUUCUGCUAGCUGUCUUUUCAGCCAUGGGGUUCGUGAUGAGUCAGAGUUUCGGUGCCUUGCACCUUGCCACCCCUUCACCAGAAGGAGUGGAAAGAGAGGAAGUGAUCCACUGA